AUGGCACCUCUUAUCCGAGUCAUCGGAUCCCUAAACGCAGACAUGGUCUCAGUCACACCCCGGUUCCCAAAUCCAGGCGAGACAAUCACAUCCUCAUCCUACUUCACCAGCGCGGGCGGCAAGGGCGCAAACCAAGCCGUCGCAUGCGGGCGCAUGUCUCGAGCCAAAUCCACAGGAACCACAAGCUCCACGGGCGACGUCAAUGUCGAAAUGAUGGGUGCCGUAGGCGCAUUGGACGGUCAUUUCUCCUCCUUGCUUAAACCGACCCUCGAGAGAUCUGGAGUCGACCCGUCCCGGGUGAAAGUCGUCGAGAACGCAUACACAGGUGUGGCAGUGAUCAUCGUGGACUCGUCAGCCGGCGGCGAGAACCGCAUUUUGUUUUCGCCCGGUGCGAACUAUGAUGGCAUGCAGCCGACCCCGGAGGUGCUGGGCAUGGCCCUAGCAGCGCCCUUACCCGAUGUUAUCGUUAUGCAGGGCGAGAUCCCGGUUGACACGGUCAUCGGGACACUGCGUGAGGUUGCAGCUUACAAGGCCAAGGCUCGUGCGGCUGGCAAACGUGGGAUUGAGUGCGGUCCGGAUGUUAUGCUUAACCCGGCACCUGCGCCGCCUGGCGGCUUGCCCGAGGAUGUAUAUGCUGCUGUCGAUCAUUUGAUCCUGAACGAGACGGAGGCUGAGCUGAUGACUCCGCCUGUGGAUCAACUGCUUCGCACGGUUCCGGAGGCAGAGGGCCUAGAUGGCAAGGAAAAGGUCGCUCGGUAUUUCCACAAAUUGGGUGUCACCUACAUUCUUAUCACGUUUGGGGCGAAGGGCGUCUGGUAUAGUGCCGCGGAUGCUGGCUCGUCUGGACCCAGUGAUGGGGUACAGCGCUUCACUAACGAGAUCCCAGCCGCCUCUGUCUCUCAUGUCUUGGAUACUACUGGCGCGGGUGAUACCUUUGUUGGAGCCUACGCAGUCAAAGUGGCGCGGUGGCGUGAGCAGCGUCGUGUGGAGGGCAAGGCUGGGCAGAAUGUCGUCGAUGAUGAGAAGGCAUACCGGUACAAAGAUUUCAUGGAUGAGACAAUGCGUUGGGCUGCUCGCGCCUCGGCUCGGGCGGUGGAACGUCGGGGUGCCAUGGAUAGCAUUCCUUUUGAGGAUGAGGUCUGA